CCCAUUUACUUCACAUUUUCUUGAUUUUUUCCCUUUCAUGUGUAUUUAAAUAACCAACCUCUUGAAUUAAUCCAACAUUGAUUCCUACUAAAACCCUUUCAAAUAUUCAGUUUUGUUGACUUACAAAAUAUGGGUGCCUGUUUGUCAACCACCAAGAUCAGUGGUUCCAACAGCAACACCCACUCCACCACCGCCGGAAAACAGACCCACCACCGCCGGCCACCAACAGCCACCGGCAAGCAAGUGGAAGGUGGGUCCAAUGUCACUUCCCAUCAAACCAAAGAGAUCCAACAAAAACAGAGCACCCAACAGCAAAAAAGGAAAGAUAAACAUACUUCAAGAAAUGGUGUGAUUCCUUGUGGGAAAAGAACAGAUUUUGGUUAUCUUAAGGACUUCGAUACUUGCUAUUCGACUGGAAAAUUGUUGGGUCAUGGUCAGUUUGGGUAUACAUAUGUUGCUGUAGAUAAGGUUAAUGGCGAUCGUGUUGCUGUCAAGAAAAUUGACAAAAAUAAGAUGAUUCUUCCGAUUGCUGUGGAAGAUGUUAAAAGAGAAGUCAAGAUAUUGCAAGCCUUAAGCGGUCACGAAAAUGUGGUUCAGUUUCAUAAUGCAUAUGAAGAUGCAUCCUAUGUGUACAUAGUUAUGGAGUUAUGUGAGGGCGGUGAGUUGUUGGACCGGAUUUUGGGAAAGAAAGAUAGUCGUUACUCAGAGAAAGAUGCAGCAAUCGUUGUUAGGCAAAUGCUUAAAGUUGCCGCAGAAUGCCAUUUACACGGUUUGGUACAUCGUGACAUGAAACCAGAGAACUUUCUUUUCAAGUCGAAAAAAGGCGAUUCACACUUAAAGGCUACGGAUUUUGGUCUAUCUGACUUUAUAAGGCCGGGAAAGAAGUUCACCGAUAUUGUUGGCAGCGCGUAUUAUGUUGCUCCGGAAGUAUUGAAGCGUAAAUCAGGGCCCGAAUCAGAUGUUUGGAGCAUAGGCGUUAUCACAUAUAUUCUACUCUGUGGUCGUCGUCCCUUUUGGGAUAAAACGGAAGAUGGCAUUUUUAAAGAGGUCUUGAGAAACAAACCUGAUUUCCGACGCAAACCAUGGCCAACGAUUAGUGCUAGCGCCAAAGAUUUUGUAAAGAAAUUGCUCGUGAAAGAUCCUCGUACAAGAUUUACCGCCGCUCAAGCCCUAUCACACCCGUGGGUUCGAGAAGGUGGAAAUGCUUCUGAAAUUCCUCUCGACAUUUCUGUUCUAUCCAACAUGCGGCAAUUUGUGAAAUACAGUCGCCUAAAGCAAUUUGCUCUACGGGCGUUGGCUAGCACGCUUGAUGAAGAAGAGCUCUCGGAUCUAAAAGAUCAAUUUCACGCGAUUGAUGUAGAUAAAAGUGGUGCUAUUAGUCUCGAGGAAAUGAGAGAGGCCCUUGCUAAAGACCUUCCGUGGAAGAUGAAAGAAUCGCGUGUUUCGGAGAUUUUAGAAGCUAUCGAUAGUAACACGGAUGGGCUUGUUGAUUUCACGGAGUUCGUUGCAGCCACUCUCCACGUUCAACAGAUGGAGGAACACGAUACCGAAAAAUGGCAACAUUUAUCACAGGAUGCAUUUGAGAAAUUUGACGUCGAUAAGGACGGGUUCAUAACUCCAGAAGAACUCAGAAUGCAUACUGGAUUGAAGGGUUCAAUUGAUCCACUUCUGGAAGAAGCCGAUAUCGACAAAGAUGGUAAGAUCAGCUUGGCGGAGUUCCGUAGGCUCUUAAGAACUGCAAGCAUGGGUUCACGGAUGAUCACGUAGACAAUUUCACUGCAAACAAUGCCGUAAAAGGGUGGUCAAUAAAAGUCAACGAGUUCGGGUUUUUCACGCUUUUUGUGCACGAUCUUUUUAUGCUCGUAUAGUUUUCUUUCGGUUGUUUCAACCACUAAUGUUUUUGGUUGAGAUCAUGUAUAGUAUCUGUUCUUACCAGUUUCUAAUAGCGUGAGACUUGGAUUAAUGUUUUUUUCCGUUUAACUUGUUACGGGUUGGAAAAUGUUUGUACAGUUUGUGUAAAAAGGGUUUGUAACCGGUAAUCCUUGAGUUGACACUGUCAUGUCCUAAGAGUAUCAUGUAAGAGGCAAAUUAGAUACAAGACGGUGUAUGUAUAGUUGUACGAAUUGCUAAACGUUUGAUUGCAUGA